UCCAUCGGAAGGAAGAACAACCCCUGAUAGUUUCCAUAGUUUCCAGACUCCAAUCAAAUCAAGGGAUUUAAACAAUGAUUCCCAUAAAGAUCCCAGAACACCAUCAUUAGAUAGUCCAGGAUCGGGAUCACCAAGCCAACAUGGACCCCUUGAAUCAACGCCAAUGAGACAGGCGGGAAGGAGGUCACCAGUAAUUCUCCCUGACUGUACUCCCAUAUCAGGAAGGAAACCUGUAGCAAGACUGAAGCCGAUCAGACGACUUUCAACAGGAACUGAGCAAAGCCUGAGAAAGAUUCUACUAUCCAGUCAAAUAAAGAACCAAUACAAGACUCCUCCCACCCGUAGGUUAAGUGAUGGGUCACAGAUCGAGGGUGCCACUCCAAACAAUACAUAUGGUUUUAAAGUCAGCCAUCAGAACCUAGAGGGCGCUAAGGCACUUCAUGAG